AUGAAGGGCACCUCCAUUUUUCAGUUCAAGUCGUGGCCCAAGAUCCACCAGCCCCUCCCUCGUACACCACGAGAAUCUCAGCAGUUGCUCAAUGCCUUGACCUCCUCGUUUCGUCGCCAGCUGGAUCACGCAUAUCCAACCUCGGAGUCAGCUCAUCAUGGUGACCGACCAGCAAAUGCAGACUCAUCAACACAUGCAACCAACCAGCACCUCCAGAGUAUCCUUGAGAAUCCUCUUUUCCGCAUUGUGCCUCCCAAGACCCCUUCUCCCGAUCACCAUGCUCUGCGCAGCAUCGAGGACCAGCGGCGACUGGCGGAAGAGCCGAUGGUGGUCUUUGAUGAGCUUGUAGCGUCGGGGUCUGUUACUCCGUCGGCCAUUACGAGUUGUCUCAAAUCACAGCUUCUGCGAACGCGGUCCCGGGCUGACAUGAAAAUAUCCCGGACGGCUGCGAGGAUUGUGGAUUGGUUCUGGGCCUCUGACGGGACAUCGAGGCAAAAUCUACUGCGGUCGCGGGCAUCCACGACAUCAUUGACCAAGUUCAUGGUGACCGAGGGACUACAUGGUACCGUAAUCGAAUGGCUGAGGAUGCUCCUCAGCCAGGAUCUUGGGGGACCCAAUGGUCGGAUCACAGAGGGGCUCGCCCGACAGACCUUUAGCCAUUUUCUCAUCGACUUUAUGGAUGCCGAAAUUCGACUUGGCCAGGGAUUUAGCUCUGCUUUGGAUUAUUACUUGCGCAUCUGUCAAAUGCAUGCUUCCGCUCAGUCCGCGCACCCGGCGUCGAGAAAGGCGAUGCUGCUCGCAGCAGGUGCUCACCUCAGCCGAGUGGCGAUGGAGCAGAAAACAUCCAUCGAACAGGUUUCAGCAGCGGUGUACGAUCAAUAUAGAGAGACAAUGUCCUCAUUGUCUCCUCGGUCGUUGUUAUCGGCUUCUGUCGCGCUCUACCAUCCGACCCAUCCUGAUACGCAGCCAUUCCUUCAAUUUGUGGAGACUCUUCCCUCACACAAGCUGCAGUCUUGGAAUGAUGCCAGGCGUGAUGCUUUCUUUAAGAUCGGGGUUGAGGCGCUUCGAAUUUUGAUCGAGAAGAACAAAAUCCGAGAUGCCACGUCUCUGGCUCAGCAGAUCCAACAGUUACUGCCGGGCAAGCCAACGUCCACAGCACCCGAAGGAUCUCGUGUUUCUCACGUCUCACCUGAGGAGGAAUAUCUUCUCAACCGCUUGGACUUGGGCCACAUGGUGGGCUGA